CCGCUGCGCCCACAUCUAAUCCUCCAACAAUCUCUCCUAAACACAUUGCACAAAAAUCACGCCAUCCAAUCCUUCCAACAAUCGAUCGAUCUUCACAUCCACCAUCCACCAUCCACAAACCCCCCCACCCAGCAACCUUCAAAAUGCACCUCCCGACCCUCCUCCUCACCACCCUAACCGCCGCCCUCGGCGCCGCCGACCUGAUCGAAUACUGCCCCUUCGCGCAGGACAAGACGGGCAUGCUGCAGCACCCCUACUGCUGCGACAGCUACACGCCGUCGGCGGUGACCGAACUGGCGGAGGAGGGGAAGAACUGCCAACAAGUCACCGAGCCGGUGGCUAAGUGUCCUAAUGGUUUGGGGGUGAAGUGUUGUUAUACUAUUAACCAGAUUUUUAUCUGUACGGCGGAUGCGAUCUUGGAGGAUGAUUAGAUGGGUUAGGUUUGUUUCGGAGUAUACGUGGGGAUGGAGUGGUUGGAAAUGGGGGUCUGAGGAGUUGUGAUGAAUACAGUCGGAUAUGGGUUUGAGCUUGGGGCAUCGAGAGGAUAUGUUGUCGUGCGGUUGUCAAAAGUUACGUUUGAGGAGGAUGUUGUUGGGUUGGAGGAUUCUACCAGGUAAGAACUUCAGUGAGGGUUCAGGUUUGGUAUGAGUUCGGGGUAGAACUGCCCUCCUCCCCUGGCCAGUUGAAAUAGUCUGCUGCUCAGUGAAAUGAAUGACGUUCAUAUUGCUGGGAAUUCAUCAACCCUUACAUAGCAAAAUUCAUCGAAGCAGUCG